AUGGAAAAUCAAAAUAUUUUAAUUGAAAAGCGCAGAUCAGCAAAAUCUAAAAUAACGCGAACACAAAAUUAUAUUUCAAAAUUUGAUUCUGAAUUGAGUAUUUCGGAACUAAACGCGCGGAAGCAGCUUCUCAAUGACGCAUUUAAUAAAUAUAAUGAAGCGCAAGAUGAGUUAGAAAUGAUUAAUUUAGAUGAAUUCGAAGGCGAUCGCGACGAGAUAGAAACGCAAUAUUGCAAGAUUUUGUCUACAAUAGAUAAUUUAUUGGCCGGUUGUAGACAAAGGUUAACAACCGAGGAAAAUAUAACUGACCAAUUAAAACAGUUUUGGGAAAUAGAGGAAUUAAAUGAAAGGUGUAUCUUAUCGCAGGAGGAAUUACGAGCAGAAGACAUAUUUGAACAAAACGUCAGUAGGGAUUCAAAUGGUAGAUUUGAAGUAGCGUUACCAUUUAGAAGCGAUCCGCGUAUUUCUCUUGGGUCCACUUAUUCACAAGCGUACAAAAGAUUCAUGAAUUUGGAAAAAAGAUUAACUAAUAAUAAAAAACUCGCGGCAGAUUACGACAAUUUUAUAAGAGAAUACAUAAGAUUAGGCCAUGCAACAAAGAUUGACAAAAUUGAAAAUCGUAACUUAGACAAACAUAAUUAUUAUUAUUUGCCACACCACGCGAUAGUUCGUGAAGCUAGUUUAACAACAAAAUUAAGAGUAGUUUUUGACGCUUCGGCAAAAUCUUCAAACGGUCUAUCUUUGAAUGACAUACUGCUACCGGGACCGCGUUUACAAAAAGAUUUGUUUACCAUAUUAAUUAGAUUUAGGACACAUAGAUUUGUAUUUACGGCGGACAUAGUCAAGAUGUUUCGUCAAAUUAAAAUUAAAUCCGAACAUCAGGACUACCAGAGAAUUUUAUGGCGUGAGGCGCCCGGAAUGCCUGUAGGAUGCUAUAAGUUAAAUACCGUAACGUAUGGCACUAAUUGCGCGCCAUAUUUAGCAAUGAAAUGCCUUGAAAAGUUAGCUAUAGAUUAUAAUGAAAUAUAUCCAAAAGCGUCAAAAAUUCUACAGUCAGAUUGUUACGUGGACGAUAUAAUCUCCGGUGCAGACACUUUACAAGAAGCAAAAUUAUUAAUAACCGAAAUUAAUAAUCUCCUAGCCGAAGGGGGGUUUGAAUUGCAUAAGUGGUCAAGCAAUAAUAUAGAAUUAAUUAAUGAUAAGAAUAUAGGUGAAAAUAUAAAUGUAGGGUUUGACAAAGAAAAGAUAAUUAAAACUUUAGGGGUUAUAUGGCAACCUACAUCUGAUAAUUUUAAAAUUUAUAACAACGUUUUAGCUAUAGACAAUAUACAAACCAAACGAAAAACUUUAGCAUCUAUAGCUAGCAUAUUCGAUCCGUUAGGAUUCAUUACUCCGGUAGUUAUAACUUCAAAACUUAUUAUGCAGCAAUUGUGGAGAGAAAAUAAAGAUUGGGAUGAACCGGUUACGGAAAAUUUAUUAAAAAGCUGGCAAUUAUUUUCGAAACAAUUAGAGAUUUUACAGCAGCUAACAAUACCUCGGCAAUUGAAUCUUUUUAAAACAAUAGAAAAACGCUCAAUUCACGGUUUCGCGGAUGCUUCAAUGAAAGCAUAUGGAGCAUGUUUAUAUUUAUGCGUAACCUAUCAGGAUGGGACAUGCUCUUCAAAAUUAAUAUGUUCAAAAUCGCGUGUAGCACCGCUGAAACAAAUUACCUUACCGCGUCUAGAGUUAUGUGCCGCGCUAUUGUUAGCUCGCUUAUUUAAUAAGGUAAGCCAUAGUUUAGAAUACGUGAUAAAAGAAAACGUACUGUGGAGCGAUUCCAGUAUAACGUUAUCAUGGCUAAAUUCCGAGCCUUGUACGUGGCAAAUUUUUGUUGCAAACAGAGUAUCGGAAAUUCAAAAACUUACAUCACACGCCACUUGGAAACAUGUUCCUUCCAAAGAGAAUCCAGCGGAUUUAAUAAGUCGCGGAAUUACACCGUUAGAAUUACAGAAUUCAGCUUUAUGGUGGAACGGUCCUGAUUGGCUCGCAAAUUCGAAUAAUUGGCCAAAAAAGUUUACAAUUCCCGAUAAUAUAGAAUUGCCAGAUAAAAGAAAAUUAGUUGUGACACUAGUUGCAACACAGAAAAAGCUCUUUUCAUUUAAUUUAUAA